AUGCCUCCCAAGAAAUCACCAGUAAUGUUGAAAAGACUGAAACCCCUAACAUAUCACCUAGAGGUUUGCAUACACACAAUAUUAUUUGUCCGACGCAUCUAUCCUACGGAACUGUUUGCAAAGAGGAAGAUAUAUGACGCACCCGUGUAUCAAUCAAGGCAUCCGGAUCUCAACAAGUAUAUCAGUGGCGCAGUCAAAAGUGUCGGAGAUGAGCUAAUACGGGUGGGGACCGAGAAAAUAUUGCAAUCGAACGCUUCCUUUUUAACUUCUCUGGUUUCAUCUCAAUUCCUGAGGAUGCAGACUGGCAAAAGUGGCAAAAGUAAUUUGGCUAUCGGAAUGCUUGAUUCUUAUCUGGGCCUGAUCCCUGCCCAGUGGGAUCCUACAUUUGCAGUCGUGAUGGAAAUGAAGGAAGGGAACAUUCCAUCCGAGCCUUUGACCAAGAAGCCCAAAGUCAAGGAAAAGCCUCCACGGGAGUGGAUCCCCGCUAUCGUGCAGAAUACUACUGAUGGAACCACCGCCGAAGCAGAGAACCACAUUAUCAGGGCUGUAGAUACUGGUGUUAUCAGUCUUUCAUUAAUUGUUCAAGAAUCAGAGGAGAAACUCUUGCGUGUAGCGACACAGGAAGAUAGUAUGAAAAUAUAG